UUGCAAGUCAUCGUGAUUAUGCAAAAAUUGCAAUAAAUCUAUAAAUAUAUUUAAAAAAAAGCAAAAUCAUCAUGACUAAGGAUUUUAUAUAGUCAUAUAAAAGAUUCUAAGAAAGUAAAAUAAAAUAUAACCAUUUAAUAAAUAUCAAAUUUGUCUCAUUGAUAGUACUAUUAAGAAUGUCUUUAUAUGAAAAAGAAGUAUCCAUGAAAGUUUACUAUGUUGAGAAUCAGCAAAAUAAAGAAAUUCGAAAGUUUUCGGUAGAAACUCAAUUGGCUGCUAAUUAUGAAUACGUUUUGGGUAAGAUCCGCCAAGUAUUUACAAAUCUGUUAAGAAAAGAUCUUGACUUGUUUUAUAAAGAUAAAGAAAAUGAUUUCAUUUCAAUCUCUUCUGAUAUUGAGUUGCAGCAAGCCUUUGAGAGCGUUGACAAUGGUUGCCUUAAGCUUUAUGUAAAAAAGAAAUUGACAAAGCCAGCUCAAUCAAAUAAAGAACAUAUUGGAGUUACUUGUGAUGGAUGUAAUUCUAAGAUAUAUGGAAAUCGCUUCAAAUGCACUCAAUGUUUUGACUUUGAUUUGUGCUCAUUAUGCUACAAAAAAGGAGAGCACCCAUCAGACCAUGAAAUGCUGGUUAUUAAAGAACCUCGAUCUUCUAAGCAUAUGUAUUACAGUCAGUUUCCAUUUUCACAUUGCUGGGAAAGAUAUGCGCGUACGAACAUGAGCAAUUCUUGUUCUAAUAAAAAUGCAAGCAAUAAUGAAGAAAAUAAACCUACUGCAUCUGAUCAAAAGUUUGAUCAUUCUCAAUUUCAAAAAAUUGAAAAUAAUUUCAAAGAAAUAAUCAAAAUAUUUGAAUCAAUGCUGGGUAUUAAAAUUGACUUCUAUAUAGAAAGUUGUCAAGAAAAAUCUGAUAAGGUUGAGAAAAAAGAAGAUUUUAGUGAAAAGUUAGAUAGUUUAAUAAAGGUUAUAAAUGAGAGGUUUGGGGUACCUACUGAACAAAUGCAUACUUUGGUUGAUGAUUUUAUAAAACAGUGCGAUCUUAAAAGCAAUGGAACAAACAGUGAUAAAGACAUAAAUAAUUCAAACAAUCAAGUAUUCAGAAAUAAUGGAGACAUGAACCAGGCAAAUUUGUCAGAUAAAAAAGAUGUAUCAUUAGAAAACCAGCUCAUUGAAAAAGAUAAGGAAAUUGUAAAUCCUUCAGACUCACUUUGUCACACUAAUGUUGAAUCUGUACCACAUCUUGAUCCAAACAACGUCUCUGAAGUUAUAAAAGAACAAAUAAAUCCACUUGAUACUUUGUGUCCACAAACCUCAGACUUGCAGGUUGAUAGUUCACAAGAGGGACUUGGGAAUUUGAUAGGACACCUAUAUCCUCAACUUGAAACUCAACAGCCGUCUAUAAACCCAGCCAAUGAUUUCAUAUUUGUUGACAAAGAAAGUAUAGAUCAUAAAGAGUCAAAGCUUGAAAGAUCUCUUAGACAAAUGGAAGCUAUGGGUUUUGAUAAUGAAGGCGGAUGGUUGCGUCAGUUGUUAAUUUCUAAAGAGUGUAGCAUUGAUAAAGUGCUCGAUGCUUUAACUCCUGCCAAAUAAUUUCAACUAUUUUAUGUUUUUUUAUUUUAAAGUAUAAGCUCUUAUUUGAAAUUUUAAUAAUAAUGUAGUCGACAUUUUUCAAAUAUUUAAUGGUCUUUAUGUUUUUUUUUGUUUUUUUUUUUGUUUUAUGAUGGGCUUUUAACUUUUAUUUAUAAAUUACAAUCUCAACAGCAUAUGUUUAUGAAUUCAAAACAAAAUCGCUUGCUUUAAAAACGAAACUAAAUAUUAUAAAUAUACUUUUUAAGUUUAUUUAAAGCUCAUUAUUUAUGUACAUAAUGUUUUAUAAAAGAUUAAUUUUUUGAAUUGAAUUGCAAGUUAUUUAUAGUUUAUCUUUUUUUUUUUUUAAUAAUGUUGUUUAUUUCUUUAUUGUACAUGUCAUUAUUAAGUAAGUUGUAUUUUUAUUUUGUAAAUCUUUUUUUUUAUUAUUUAAAUUUGUAAUUUUGUAGAUGAUUAUUUUAAAGUUUUCAUCGAAUUAUAAAAUAGAAAUCUUUAUUUUA